UUCAGAAAAUUGACAUCACAGCCGCUAGAACAUAUAAAUAACCAGCACACUGCGUUUCUGAUCAGCUGCAGCAGCAACCCUGAAGGAAGCAUUCUACAGGCUGAGCUCCUCCAAAGGCACAGCAGAAACUGGAUUUUCUGAAGUAACCGAGGAGGUCCUUUUUGUAAAACAGUUCUGAGAACGUCUGAGAGAUUUUUGCUUCUGCCUUUAAUUGUGUUUGCCAUUUCUUUAAACAACGAUGUGCACGGGAGGUUGUGCCAAGUGCCUGGGAACUACUCUCAUCCCCCUGGCUGUGCUAUGUACCCUCGCUAACAUCUUGUUGUUUUUCCCUGGAGGAAAAGUGGUUGAAAACAAUGCACACAUUACAGAUGAGGUUUGGUACUUCGGAGGGAUCUUGGGAUCUGGUCUAUUGAUGAUCUUUCCUGCCUUGGUAUUUUUGGGCCUUAAGAAUAAUGAUUGCUGUGGAUGCUGUGGCAAUGAGAGCUGUGGAAAGAGGUUUGCGAUGUUUUCUUCUAUAAUAUUUGCUGCAGUUGGACUUCUGGGAGCUGGAUACUGCUUUAUUUUGUCAGCAAUAGCCCUCAACAGGGGCCCUAAAUGUAACACUGGAAGAGAGUGGACCUAUCCUUUCCAUGAUGGGAAUUACCUCAGUAACCACACACUGUGGGACAUGUGUCAGUCACCUGAAAACAUUGUCCCAUGGAACCUGACCCUCUUCUCCUUGCUGCUCGUCAUGAGUGGGAUCCAGGCAGUGCUCUGCAGCAUUCAGGUGGUGAAUGGCCUCUUUGGAACACUGUGUGGGGACUGCCAAUGUUGCGGCUGCUGUGGGGGAGAUGGAACUGUCUAAAGAAUAUGAAUAUUCCCUUAUCUUGGGAGGCUCCCUUUUGCAACCAUUCCGUAAAGCAGCCCUCGAAUGCAUUGCCUCUGGCUAAGAAGAUGAGAAUGAAGGGCACCUGCCCUCACUAACAUUAUGAAGCCCUGACUCCCUUUCUAGCCUUCCUGAAACCCCUCAUCAUGGAAUAAAAUAAGUGAAAUUCAACUCUCACAUUCAUAUUUACUUUGUAAAACAGCUUCCUUUGAAAAAGAGGGCCUUCUCAGGAAAAAUAUUUUCUCUCCUGAGUCAGCUUUCCAACUGAGGAUCACCAAAUGCUGCUGUUACAAGCUCAGCUGUAACGUAGCUGUGUCUACUUUAUUUUGUGGUUUAUCAGACGGAAAUAUCACAAGCCUAACCUUUUUGAGUACAUGUUUAUGUUAGGUGGAAAAGUGAGGACUUCUCUCUUCAGACCUGCUAUGAUUAAAAUGUUCUCUACGAAGAGAGUCUCUGUUGCAAAAGAGAUUAAUGGAUCUCAUGGUGGGGUCUCUUUUUUUGACUGUGCGCCUGACGGGUGCAUUCAGCAGCACUGCUGUGCAGGUAAGUGGAGGGUGAAAGUAACAGGCAAAAGCACAGAGUGCUGCGGAUCCCUAGUCUGAGGUGUUAUGAGUCAUCUUGGACACCACAAUACCCUACUUCACACCAGGAAUUUCAUGAGAAUGGCCAAUUCACAGACAUUUCUCAGCACAACGGGGAUCUGGCUUCUUCACUCAUCUGUAAUCAAUUUCCUCCAGUCACUCUCACCAGAGGGAAUGUAACAACACAGUAUGGCUGUAGAGGAUGAAACCUAAAAAGAAAGUAGAAGAAUACGGAAGGCUUGUAGAGAAAUCUUCCCACCCUACAAUUUUUGCACUCCAGGGACCUCCUGAGUCAAAGGUUCUAUCUCUGCAUUUCACUGUUCUUGAGGGAUUCCUUCUCCACAAAGCUGUCCAGUUGUUUCUUGGAUCACAAUAUGCCUUCCAUAGUCUAACUUCAAGCUGUGGGAAGAAGCUCCUUUGUUCUGACCCUGCCACCCACUCCUUUUGUUUGAUGCCUCCUAGUUCUUGCCUUCAAGAAAGAGUAUACAGCCAGUCCUAUGCCCCCUUCCCCAUGAUACCUAAUUUCAUAGGUUCUCUCAUAUCUCCUCUCAGUUGUCUCUUUUUUUAGCCUGAAGAGCAUUAGUAUAUUUAGACAUUCCUCAUACAGAAGUUGUUUCACCUUUAUUUGAAGGUUUUUCAACUUUUCCCAUUACACUCCAAGAUGGGAGGGACAGAGCAUCAGUGUCCCAGGUAGAGCCACACUGCCUUAGCCAUUUAUUCUAACAGCAAAGUUCAUUAUCUACAAAGACAAGGAUGAACCACAACCUGAACGGUCACUGCUGUGAAUCCCACAGGUCUUGUUAGAGAGCAAGCCAAUUUCUCAUACAGAACAUCAUCUUCAAACACUGGCUCCAAACAAAUAGUAAAUGACGCCUUGUUUCUAGCAAAAUCAAAUAAAUUUCCACACCUCUGAUACAACAUAAAAUUAGUACUUACGGAAAGGAGAGGGACAUACCCUAUUUAAAUCCAGCUAUGUCAUGAGAAAACUCAAUUUUCUCUCAAUUCCUCUCUCAGUUCCCUCUCAAUUUUCUACUUACAUGCUAAAAUAUGUCCCAAACGAGUAAUCCUUGUCUUGAGUCUCUCUCGUACAGAAACUGCACAGCCUGUGUAAUUUAAUAAUGUAGAAAUAUUCACAGUAAGUAACCAAAUAUGUUUCUACUAGUGAAGUAAAAGGACUUUUAACCCCCUGUUCAUGGCACUAACUGACCAACUGUGAUCUCUUGUCUAACAAAGGUGAUGCAGUGACUUAGAUAAACAGGUCUGAGAGGCAUCUCUGGAACCUACCUUUGUAUGCAAAGGCAGUGCAAACAAAACUUAAAUGAUUUGUAAGACACCUAUGUAACCUGUUCUUAAAAAUCUCUAAGUUCAGAGAUCCAACAUCUUUUUAGCAUUUUAUAACACUGCUAACUGUUCUGAAAGUUAG